AUGAGCGACAGGCCCGAACCCCCAAAACGGCACUGGCAUGGAACUGUAGGUGACCGCUACGAACAGCCCAAUGUCUGGGUUAUAGGCGGCGCUAUCCAAACCCCUGACAGAAGACCCUCUACCGACAUGGACGACAGACAUGGCUCAACGUCAUCCGACUCAUCCAACACUUCUGCCCAUGGAGCAAGUCCUCCACGCUCUGGGAGCGGGGAGCGGAGACGGUCAAGCGCAGGUCUCUUUGAAAGCUUGAAUAGCACGAAGCGGAAUGCCACCGAUCCUAGCGUGGCUGCUCGUCGGCAGAGUUGGUUGGAGCAGUCUGAGCAGGGUGGCUUCCUCUCGAAGCUCUGGAAUACAUACACCAAGGGCCGCUGA